AUGGCCAGCUUCGCCUCCCAGCUCCUGGACGUGUUCUACGACCUCGUCGAGCGCGUCACCGGCUACAGCGCCCGCGCCCAAGACGACAAAGCGCAUGCAGAUCUACAGAAGCACAGCAUGUUGGCAACUAGGGAGGCUUUCCGGACAGAGGAAGUUGUCGAGAUCAGGUCCAGAAAUCACCCGGAAGUACCAGGAGGGUCAGGCGCCCAGAAGCUACUGUCUUAA